AACUCCCAGGAUGAGGAGCAGCAAUGUCCCCCCAGCCCUUCUGCUGCCCCCACAACCAAGGAGACACAGAGUUGACGUUCAAGCUCCAAAGAGAAGCUUCUCAAAGAAUUCUGAAGGCUCUGGGGACAGCCUGGAGGGUCUUAGCAGCUUCCCCACACCUAAAGGGACCCCAGUGGCACCAGCAGAGUGGGAAGAGUGGUGGUCCCAGACCCCCCAGCGCUGUUGAUGCCCAUCACAGCCACCUCCAGAGGACAUCCCCAGGCAGCAACGGCCCCCCCAGCUGCUCUGCUGCCCCAAAACCAAGGUUUCAGGGACAGCGCAGGGCUGCGGCACCGCGGGGACCCCCUGGACCAUCCCCAUCUCCCCCCACCACGAGCACCCGGGCGAGCUGCUGCCUCGGGAUGCUGCUGCGCUCCUGGAAGUCGCUGUUCACGGGGCGGCUGCUGCUCCUGACCAACACCCUGAGCUGCGGGGGCCUCCUGGCAGCCGGGGACUCCCUGCAGCAGGAAUGGCACCGCCGCAAGCACCCGGAGAGCCAGCACCAACUGGGACGCACUGGCCGGAUGUUUGUCGUGGGCUGCAGCCUGGGGCCGCUGAUGCACUACUGGUACCUCUGGCUGGACUCGGCGUUCCCGGCCCGGGGCGUGCGGAGCCUCAGGACCGUCCUGAAGAAAGUCCUGAUUGACCAGCUGGUGGCAUCGCCCAGCAUGGGAGCCUGGUACUUCAUGGCCAUCGGCACCCUGGAGGGCCAAUCCCUCCAGGAGAGCUUGGACGAGCUGAAGGAGAAAUUCUGGGAAUUCUACAAGGCUGACUGGUGCGUGUGGCCGGCAGCGCAGAUCCUGAACUUCCUCUUCGUGCCACCCGCGUUCCGCGUGGUUUAUGUCAACGUGGUGACGCUGGGCUGGGACACGUACCUGUCCUACCUCAAACACCGGCCCCGUGGCGCCCAGCCGGAGCCGCUGCGGCAGAGCCAGCGCAGCGCCGGGGCGUAGAGAGGGGCCAGGGCCUUUCCAGAGGCUCCCACCUGCACCAGAUGGAUCUCUGGGCGUUGUGGCAGCGUGGAUGGAGCCGGCCGAGGGAGGGGAUCACCGGAGCCAGCCCCCCACGUGCCUGCUGCUGAUUAACUCAUCUGCUGAUUGGGGCCACGGGCUGGGCUUGUAACAAUCUCUUGUUGCAGGAUAAUCUGUAAAGUGAUUUCUUCUGGGAUUCGGCCACGGAGCCGGGGUGAGGAGGAGCUGCUGCAGCCCCUCCUGCUGCUCCAGGCUGGAUCUGUUCCAUCUCCAGAGCAAAGCGGCCCCUCGCUCCUCCUCCGGCACCUUCCGGCCUCUUGGAUCCCCACUAAUUAGAUACUGGGAAGGAAUUCUUCCCCGUGAGGGUGGGGAGGCCCUGGAAUGGAAUUCCCAGAGAAGCUGUGGCUGCCCC